AUGGUAACAAAUCUGGUAGUAUGCCAAUCUCAUGGUGGAUUGGUGUCGGCUGGUUACAGAGAGGAUGAAGUGAGUCGUGUGGAGGAGGCAGAUGAGAAGCCCUCGGAGAAUGAGGACAGUGAUGAUGACAGCACUAGAAAUUCGGAAGAGGAGGAGUCGGACUCAGGGCGGACCCAAGAUGAUGUGAAGGAUGUCUCAGAAGUGGAAGUUAAAGACCCCAAUGAGCUUGUUGCACAGUUUUCAGAGAAGGUUCGGAAUAUGUCUCCUGAUGAGAUCAGAAUUCCUCCUGAACCUCCCGGGCGUUGUUCCAGUCAUCUGCAGGAAAAUAUCUUUAAACUUUACGAGAGGAAGCUUCACGGAGACUUUGAUACAAACAGCCAUAUUCAAAAGAAGAAAGAGUUCCGCAACUCAAGUAUUUAUGAGAAGCUUAUCCAGUUCUGUGGUAUUGAUGAACUUGGAACCAAUUAUCCAAAAGACAUGUUUGAUCCUCAUGGCUUGUCAGAGGAUUCAUAUUAUGAGGCACUAGCCAAAGCUCAGAAAGUGGAGAUGGACAAGCUGGAAAAAGCUAAAAAGGAAAAGACCAAAAUUGAGUUUGUGACGGGCACCAAAAAAGGCUCCACUACUAAUUCAGCAGCUGUGGCCACAAACACAACAACUGCCUCUUCCACAGAUGCUCAGAAGAGGAAGAGCAAGUGGGACUCAGCAGUGCCGGUGACCCUGGCACAACCCGCCCUCCUCACCACCACUGCCACCCUCCCUAGAGUCGUCUCUGUGACAACAACAGCCAGCGGCACCAAGACCACAGUCAUCUCUGCAGUGGGAACCAUUCUCAAAAAAGCUAAGCAAUGACACUAAAAAAGGCAGGGCUGUUUCACUUCAGGUUGCCAGAUUGAUAGUGAAUGGCAGUGCUACAUGUAAACGUAACAAGUUGUGCUGUUUUUAGUUGAGCAACAGAUGAUUUUAACUGUCUGACAACUGGAAUAGAUGGUGUUUAUCUCAUUUUCAGAAAGUGAAAAUUCUGGAUAUAGCUUUAUAAUGACAUAAUUGUAUCAGUCAUCUCUGUGUUCGGUUUUGACUAGCUGUUUCAAAUGCAUUCAUCUGAUGGUUGAUUCUUUGAUUUCAACUUCUUGGUUGUCUUUGCCCAGAUGUUUUCCAUUGAAUUCAUAAUUCUUGUAUGUAAAAACGAUCCUGCAGCUGUCAUACAUUUCUGUUGCAGUAAAGUCACCUGACCUUUCAUGUCCGACAUAUGAAAACUGAAACCUGCAAUAAUUUAUUGCUUAUCAGUAAAUUAAAAAAAAAUUUUUUUUCCAGUAAUCAUUCAGUGUUUGAUAGAUGCUCAAUCUGGCCUGUCUACAGUCUGUUUCCAUUUUUAUGUUUUGGAUUGGUCCUGUACACAGAACACCAAUUAAACAUCACCAGAGUAUUCAUUCAGUAUCUUAUUACAACAACUAAUCGGGGCUAAUUGACUAUAUUACUGCAUUUAUUAUAAGACACAAAGGGUCUUAUAUUUUGGUGCAAGUCCAUUUUUACAGUUGUUUUUCUAUUUUUUUAUUUUGUUUUAGCAAUGCAAGUAGGUAUUUUUUAUCGUGUAUAUUAAAAUGACUGGCUUCUCUGUAGCUCAGCAGUGUAAAAAUAAAUGUUUUUUGUAUAAUUGCAAAUCUAUUGAAUUUUGUUUCAUUAAUCACUCUGCUUUUUUUUUUUGUUUAAUUCAAAUCUGAAAGCAUCUGCCUCUGGGAUGAAGAAACAGCCGUAGGAUGUGAUGUCAGGUAGUGCUGAGGAAUGUGUUUUGAAUUUGGAAGAUGGUGUGUGUUUACAAGAUGGAUCACUGAUUUAUAUUCACCCGAUGCAUUUCUGUUUUGAAAUAGAGCCAUCCAAACUUUCGUUCAAGCUAAGAAAUCCUGGGCAAUGAGGUUCAUUGCUGCCAUUUUCCUUCAUUCAUGUUUAAAACAUAUUUAAAACCGUCUGCUGGGAAUGUGGUGGUGCAGCCUAGUGGUUAUAGAUCUGGGCUUGGUAAUAAAAUGUUUGUGGGUUCAAACCUACUACCCUUGAUCUAGAAACUUUUCUCU